GGAGAAGUCAGCUUUUUUGGAAAUCGGGAAGCGCUUUGGAGAAGUUGACCGGGCAAGUUUUGUUAUGAUACCCAUUGCUAUAUAGAUGUAGACAUCAUCAACUUUGCUUCAGAAGCCAGAGCAGAAAGAGCAAGGGCUUGGCAAAUCAUGGAAAGGGGGGGAAAUCAGGUGCAAGUUUUGAAAGGCUGCUGAGGCGCAAGAGAGUAGGAAAUCAACGCUCCGAAGUGGCAAGUGAAGCCAAACUUAAGCUGGAAAUUUGAAGGAGAGAACAUUUUAUUGGCACUCUUUUAUUUUUGUGAUACGGACAAAUGUUUCGAGCUGGGAAAUUAUUCUGAAUUUCCACAAGGAGUUUUUAAAAAAUAAUUUAAAAAAAAGUUUGGAUCCAGUCGUUCUCCUGGGUACUGACUUCACCGAAGAUUUCGUCACUUGUUUUUGGGAUUCGGCUCCAGCGACAACCUUCUCCUUCGUCUCUUUUUAAACUUCUCAGUGAACUUGGGAGAUAUUUGAGAGAUAAACUGCCCCUGCCUCUUCCUGGGCUCCUCUGCCUCUGCCAAUGAGCCCCUAGAGUGUUUUGGGGAGCUGGGAUUUGUUGGGGGGACUUCAGUUUUGGAAAAUGGGUCAACUUGGCCGAUCUUUCCUCUCCUGCCUGCUGGCUUUGUGGAUGAGUAUCGGCAACGCACAGGAAGCCGUCUACUUCCAAGAGAGCCCUUCGAACCUGACAUCUUCCUUGGGCAAGGACAUCAAGCUUUCGUGCUCCGCCCUUUCCCUUGGCGAGCCGCCUGAGAUCAGUUGGCUGCGGGACGGAGCCGCCCUGGUCUUGGCCGACAGUAACCAGCUGCAGUUUCCCUUGGACGAUGAAGAGUGGAUGACCACCAGUGAAUUGAGCAUCCCUUCUGUUCAGCUCUCGGACAUGGGGAACUACCAGUGUGCGGCCUCGGUGAACGGAUCUGAAGUCCUCUCUGAUGAAGCCUACCUGAAGCUGGAAGGUCUCCCCUUUUUCACUGAAGAGCCCCAGGAUCUGGAGGUCACAGUCAACGUCCCUUUCAACCUCAGCUGCAGGGCUCAGGGCCCCCCAGAACCAGUGCGGGUGAUCUGGCUGCAAGACAGCGCCCCCCUCAACUCCUUGAACGACCCGCAGGCCCGGACGCCUUCCAUACUGGCGUUGAGAGGUCUGAAUCACAGCGCAUCGUUCUCAUGCGAGGCCCACAACGAUAAGGGGGUGGGCACAUCUCGGACUGCAAAGGUGACAGUGGUACCUGGGCGGCCAAGUGCCUUAUCCCUCCUGCACCGUAGCGACCACCACCUGGAAGUGACGUGGGAACCAGGACCAAGUGGGGCCUACGCUCUUGAGUUCUGCACCAUCCAGGCUGUGCGCUCGGACGAGGACCUCAGCACUGUGUCGGACCGGGAACUCUAUAACCAGAACCUCCACGUCCCCCCGUUCAGCCACACCCUGGAUGGCUUGAACCCCUUCACCACCUACCAUGUGCGGGUGUCCUGUCGCUCCCGAGAGGGCAACUCCCCGUGGACCCACUGGGUUGCUAUGGAAACCCUGGAAGGAGUGCCCACCGCUGCGCCAGAGAACAUCAUGGCCACGCAGAAUGGCACCUGCACCAUCGUGCAGUGGCGAGAGCCGCGUGGCGUCAUCAACGGGAUCAUACGCGGAUACAAGCUGGUCUGUCAAAGCGGCAACUCGCCCGAGGUGGUUGUGGACGUGGGGCUGACCAACGAGACUGUCUUGAACCUGAACAAAACAGUACACAAUCUGACUGUCCGUGUCGCGGCCUACACACAAGCAGGAGACGGUCCCUGGAGCAAGGCCAUCAUGGUUUCCUCUGGGGAUGUCGAUGAACUGCCGCAGCCGCAGCCUGUAGAAACCUCCGCCCCUGCCUUCUCUUGGCACUGGUGGUACGUGGUAAUUGCCAUAGCCACGACCUUUGCCGCUGCCGCCUUCAUAAUCAUCUUCUUGGCACGGAUGAGGAGGAAGGAAACCCGCUAUGGGGAAGCGUUUGAACCCAGCAUGGAGCAGGGAGAGCUGGUAGUCCACUACCGAGUCCGCAAAUCCUACAGCCGCCGAACCACCGAAGCCACUUGUGAGUGUCAUGGAAGGAUGAACAGCCUGGGCAUUAGCGAGGAGCUGAAAGAGAAGCUGCGAGACGUCAUGAUAGAUCGCCACAAGGUGGCCCUGGGGAAAACCCUCGGUGAAGGGGAAUUUGGCUCUGUCAUGGAGGGGCAACUCAGCCAAGACGGGGCGGUCCUUAAGGUUGCCGUUAAGACCAUGAAAAUUGCCAUCUGCACCCGUAGCGAGAUGGAGGAUUUCCUCAGCGAAGCCGUCUGCAUGAAGGACUUCGACCACCCUAACGUCAUGAAACUGAUUGGAGUUUGCCUGCAGAACACAGAGAGUGAAGGUUACCCCUCCCCGGUUGUCAUUCUGCCUUUCAUGAAACACGGAGACUUGCACAGUUUCCUGUUGUACUCCCGGCUUGGCGAGAGCCCAGUGUACCUGCCCACACAGACGCUGGUCAAAUUCAUGACGGACAUUGCUAGCGGGAUGGAGUAUCUCAGUAGCAAGAACUUCAUACACCGUGAUCUUGCCGCCCGCAAUUGCAUGCUGAACGAGAGCAUGACGGCUUGUGUGGCUGACUUUGGCCUCUCUAAGAAAAUCUACAAUGGUGAUUAUUACCGGCAAGGCCGUAUCUCCAAAAUGCCUGUCAAGUGGAUCGCCAUUGAGAGUCUGGCCGACCGCGUUUACACCAUCAAGAGCGACGUGUGGUCGUUCGGUGUUACUAUGUGGGAGAUCGCGACACGAGGCCAGACGCCGUACCCAGGUGUGGAAAACAGUGAGAUCUAUGACUACCUGCGUCAGGGCAACCGACUCAAGCAGCCAAUCGACUGCCUGGAUGGCCUGUACGAGCUGAUGAUGAGCUGCUGGGCCCUCAACCCCCGCGACCGCCCCAGCUUUGAGAUCCUGCACCAAGAGCUGGAGAAGAUCCUCAAGUCCCUCCCUCCGGCCAAGGACCCGGAAGAGAUCCUCUACGUCAACAUGGACGACGGCGUGGCCCCUGGAGAGGCGGAGCUGGGUGCCGUCGGCGGUCUGGGCCCCGAGGAAGCUCCGGCCAAGGAGAACCAGUCGCUCAAGCCCACGGUGACGGCGGCCGAAGUCCACCAGCCCCAGGCCAUGGGCCGCUACGUCAUGUGCCCCACCCCUCACGAGAGCAGCCGGCUACUGACGGACGCCCCCAGCUGCGCCGCCACCGAGGAAGGGGCCUGAAUGGGACGAGGCAACUUAUUCGUUGUGGUGGGGUGGGGGUG